CAACCCCACGCCACUAUAACCUCUCUCUCUCACACACACACACCACACACACCACACAUACACACACACACACACACACACCACACACACAUUCAUCCACACAUAUAUACACUGAAACACCGAAAGAGGAAGACUUGCGAAAGAGGGGCGCUUCAAUUAACGCUCUCCGAAUGUCGACGGAUCCCUGGCGUGGACAUUUUUAAUUUUCCAUCACAGCCUCCUUGGAUUUUUCUCAUGUGGCAUUUUUGCGCAUACAGUAGAGCCCGGACGCUGCCCAUGUGUGUUUGAGCAAUUGAGCCAUUUGGAAGAUGAACAUAAACGCUUGGUGAAUGGGAAACACCAACACCGAGGCACCGCCACCUUUCCCCCCGUCUUGACAAACGCUGCUCAUCGUUAUCUCGGCGUGAUUUGCGCACCAGAGACCGGAGCCGGUGUCUGCGCUCUGCGGGGCCGGGCGCGCGUCGUCUGGGAGGAGUAGGGAGGAUGGAGUCGUUUUUUACAGAGGGGACCCGUGUUUGGGUCAGAGAGAAGGAACAGCUGGUUCCCGCCACGGUCAACUCCUGCGGAGAUGGAACCCUUGUCGUCACAACUGACUAUGGAGAGACGUUGUACUUGCAGCAGGCUGAGGUUACCAGGGAGCGGGUGUACGCUAUGCACCAGACCAGCAUCGAUGGGGUGGAAGACAUGUCGUCACUGGCCGAGCUGCACGAGGCUGCCAUCAUGCACAACCUGUACCAGCGCUACAAGAAGGAUAACAUCUAUACUAAUAUCGGCAGCAUCUUGGCAGCUGUCAACCCCUACAAGCAGAUCUCAGGUAUGUAUGACCCAGAGAGGGUGGACCUGUACUCCAAGCACCACCUCGGGGAGCUCCCACCGCACAUCUUUGCCAUUGCCAAUGAAUGCUACCGCUGCAUCUGGAAACGCCACGACAGCCAGUGUGUCCUCAUCAGUGGUGAGUCGGGGGCAGGGAAGACAGAGAGCACUAAACUGUUGCUGCAGUUCCUGUCGGUGAUGAGCCAGAACUCAGCCGGAACUCCUCAAUCGGAGAAAACCACACUUGUGGAGCAGGCCAUCGUACAGAGCAGUCCGAUUAUGGAAGCGUUUGGUAAUGCGAAGACUGUUUACAACAAUAACUCCAGUCGCUUUGGGAAGUUCAUCCAGCUUCACUUCUCUGAGGGUGGCAACAUACAGGGAGGCUGCAUUGUUGACUAUUUACUGGAAAAGAACCGAGUUGUACGACAAAACCCCGGAGAACGUAACUACCACAUCUUCUACGCACUGCUAGCGGGAGCUAACAAAGAGCAAAAAAGCCUCUACUUUCUGGAGGACCCUCCUGAAUCUUUCCACUACCUCAGCCAAUCAGGAUGUCUAAAGGACAAGAGUCUGAAUGACAAAGAGCUGUUUAACAGUGUUAUGGAGGCGCUGAAGGUGUUAGAGUUUACAGAGGAGGAGAUCAGAGACAUGUUUAAGCUGCUGUCGGCCGUGUUACAGCUCGGUAACAUUGAGUUCAUGACCGCAGGAGGAGCCCAGAUCACCACCAAGCAAGUGGUCACCAAUGCCAGUGAGCUGCUGGGUCUGGAUGUCUUCCAGCUGUCUGAGGUGCUGACUCAGCGCUCUAUUAUACUUAGAGGAGAGGAAAUCUGCUCCCCACUCACUAUAGAGCAGGCUGUGGACUCCCGAGACUCUGUUGCCAUGGCGUUAUAUUCCCAGUGUUUCUCCUGGAUCAUCCUCAAGAUCAAUCAGAAGGUCAAAGGGAAGGAAAACUUCAAAUCCAUCGGCAUCCUCGACAUCUUUGGCUUCGAGAACUUCGAGGUGAAUCGGUUUGAGCAGUUUAACAUCAACUACGCCAACGAGAAACUCCAAGAGUACUUCAACAAGCAUAUCUUCUCUCUGGAGCAGCUGGAGUACAACAGGGAAGGUGUCCAGUGGGACGCUAUAGACUGGAUGGACAACGCAGAGUGUCUUGACCUCAUAGAGAAGAAACUGGGCUUGUUGGCACUGGUGAAUGAGGAAAGUCGAUUCCCCAAAGGAACGGACUUUACUCUGCUGGAGAAGCUGCACAGCAGACACUCGACAAAUCCUUACUAUGUCAAGCCCAGACUUGCUGACCAUCAGUUUGGUAUCAAACAUUAUGCUGGAGAGGUCCUGUAUGAUGUCAGAGGGAUCCUGGAGAAGAACAGAGACACUUUCAGAGAUGAUAUCCUAAACAUGCUCAAAGACAGCAGACUGGACUUCAUCUAUGACUUGUUUGAGAAGGUUGGCAGCAGGAACAACGAGGAGAAGAUGGGAACAGCCAGACGCAAACCUACAGUGAGCUCCCAGUUCAGGGACUCCCUCCAUGCUCUCAUGGCCACUCUGAGUGUAUCCAACCCUUUCUUCAUCCGCUGCAUUAAGCCCAACAUGGAAAAGAAUCCAAAUAAAUUUGACCCGGAGGUUGUCCUGAACCAGCUGAGGUAUUCUGGGAUGUUGGAGACUGUCAAGAUCCGUCGUGCAGGGUUCCCUGUCCGCAGAACUUUUAAAGACUUCUUCUUGCGGUACAAGAUCAUCCACAAAGCGAAAGUGACCACAGCAGGGGAUGAUAAGAAGAGGAGUACAGAUCUUCUAACCAAAUAUGACAAAACCAAGAAAGAAUGGCAGUUAGGCAAAACCAAGGUGUUUAUGAAAGAGUCUCUGGAGCAGCGUUUAGAGAAGGACAGGGAUGAAAUCCGACGCCAAGCUGCCAUGAUAAUCCGAGCUCACUUGCUCACUUUCUCUGCAAGGAAGCACUUUAAGCGCGUACGUGCCAGUGUCAUCACCAUCCAGAGACACUUACGGGGACACAGCCAACGCAAACGGUACCAGAAGCAAUGCAAAGCAGCGCUAGUGCUGCAGAAACACAGGCGUGGUCAGGUGGCGCGCACCAGAGCUCGGAAACUCAAAGAGGAGAGGAGGAAGACGAGGGAGGAAGAGCAGAAGAAGAAGGAGGAGGAAGAGAAGAAAAUGGCAGGAGAAGGGGAGCAGGAAGAAGUGAAUGAAAAAGAAAAAGCUGAGCAAAAAGAGAAAUCCUCGGAGGCAAGUGCUGCACAAAGUAAUCAGUAUGAAGAGUAUCUGCUCACACAUAAAUUUUCUUUGUUUCCACAGACUCUCCAGGGACAAAAUAGCAAAUAUAGAACGAAUGUUUCAGCAGUAUUUGUUGCUGAAUAUGUCCUUUCUCUGCCCCUCUAGGAAGAGGCUCGCCAGAUGGAGGAGAUCCUACAGUUGGAGCGAGAGAUAGAGCGCUUGCAGAAGAAGAGAGAGGACGAGGUGUCGCAGCUGUGUGAGUCUUCCAAACAGGAGCUCCAGCUUCGCAGGGACGCUGAGCUCAAGCGGAUGAAGAAGGAAGCGUCCCGCAAGGCCACAGAGCUCAUCGACCUCCUGAACUUCGGAGGCGUGGAUCCUUCACUGGGAGCGGUCGGGGCUAAGGCUGCUGCAGAGGUGAAACCCCCGAAAGCUGCAAGUGCCAGCACAAGUGCAUCCAAAGAGGAAGAGGUAGACGAGGGCUUCCAUGCUGAAGAGGAGUGCAUCCCUCUCCCUGACUUCCCCCCUCCUGCUGAGACGGACCAGCCUAUGGACCAGGAAAUAUUUGCUCAGCUCCCGCCUCCCCCACCUGCUUUUGCAGAGGGAACAGUGCCUCCUGCACCACCUCCUCCACCUCCCUUGCCCGCAGAUGGCGUGCCUGUCGCAGGCAUGCCUCCUCCUCCUCCUCCUCCUCCUCUCCCUCCACCUGGAGAUGGCUCUGCUGUCCCUCCACCUCCUCCUCUUCUACCACCUCCACCUCCCCCAGGAGAGGGGAUGGAGGGGGAGAAGAAAGAUGGAGCCAAGGUGGAGCCGGAGAGAAAGGUGAGCAUGGUGGAGAGCCUGGUGGAUGGAGAGGAGCCGAUCUACAGCAUGCCAGCAGACACCGAGUCAGAUUACGACCAGGAGGAGGAGGAGGGGUCGGUCAACGCUGGAGAUGACAGCUCCGUAUCCGGGAGCAACCGCGGGAGCACUGCCGUGGCAGAUGAGGAGCACCCGAGGAAGUCCACCUGCACCAACGCCAGCAUCGAGUCCUACAGAGGCAGCUCUGACUCUUAUGCAGACAGUGAUGAUGAACAUGAUGGUAUGAUGGACACUGAUGAAGAGGUGACGAAUGGCAGAGUGACUCUGCUUAAUGGAAAUGGACCGCCAUAUUUCCAUGGUUACCUCUACAUGAAGGCUGGUCUGAUGAUCCCAUGGAGGAGGCGUUGGUGUGUGCUAAAAGACGAAACCUUCAUGUGGUUCCGGUCCAAACAAGAGUCUCUCAAGUCUGGCUGGCUCUAUAAGAAAGGAGGAGGACUCUCGACUCUCUCACGCAGAAACUGGAAGAUGCGCUGGUUCGUGCUGAGGGACAGCAAGCUGAUGUACUACGAUAAUGAUAGUGAGGAGAAGCUGAAGGGAACUAUCGACAUCCGGGCCGCCAAGGAGAUAGUGGAUAAUCAUGAAAAGGAGAAUGCUCUGAACAUCGUGACAGACGAGAGGACCUAUCAGGUGUUCGCUGAGUCGCCAGAGGAUGCAAGCGGGUGGUUUAAUGUGCUCAGUAAAGUGCGAGUGUGUACUCCUGAGCAGCUGCUGGAGAUGUCCCAUGAACAGGCCAACCCAAAGAACGCUGUGGGAACUCUUGACGUGGGGCUGAUUGACUCUGUUUGUGCCUCUGACAACCCUGAUCGGCCAAACUCUUUUGUCAUCAUUACGGCCAACCGUGUGAUCCACUGCAACAGUGACACACCGGAGGAGAUGCAUCACUGGAUCAGUCUUUUGCAGAAACCCAAAGGGGACGCCAGGAUCGAUGGGCAGGAGUUCCUUGUCAGAGGCUGGCUGCAAAAGGAGAUGAAGACGAAUACUAAGAGCACCUCCCUGAAGCUGAAGAAGCGCUGGUUUGUUUUGACCCACAACUCCCUGGAUUACUACAAGAGCUCAGAGCGUAACUCCUCCAAGAUGGGAACUCUGGUCCUUAACUCCCUCUGUUCCAUCAUUCAGCCGGAUGAACGCGUACACAGAGAGACAGGCUACUGGAACAUCAUAGUGUACGGAAGGAAGCAUUCCUACCGCCUCUAUACCAAGAUGCUGAAUGAGGCCAUGAGGUGGACAGCCGCCAUACAGGGAGUCAUUGACAGCAAGACCCCCAUUGAAACUCCAACUCUGCAGCUCAUUAGAGACAUCAAGGAGAACAGCGUGAACCCAGACAUAGUGGAGCAGAUGUACAGGAGGAACCCCAUCCUCAGAUACACUCAGCAUCCUCUGCACUCCCCUCUACUACCACUCCCUUAUGGAGAGGUGACCAGCCUACACAGGCAGCAGGGUUACGCCAGUCUGCAGGAUGAGGCAGUGCGAGUUUUCAACUCACUGCAGGAGAUGGAGACGCUGGCAGACACGGUGCCCAUCAUUCAGGGCAUCCUGCAGACCUGCCAGGACCUGCGCCCUCUCAGGGAUGAGGUAUAUUGUCAAGUGAUCAAGCAGACCAAUCAUGUGCCUCAGCCGAACAGCCCAGCCAAUCGGGCACACUGGCACCUGCUCACCUGCAUGAGCUGCACCUUCCUACCUAGUCGAGCCAUUCUCAGAUACCUCCGAUUCCACCUCAAGAGGGUACGUGAGCGUUAUCCCGGCACGGAAAUCGAGCGCUACGCCAGUUUCAUCGGGGAAUCCCUGAAGAAGACCAAGACUCGUGAGUUUGUUCCCUCACAGGAGGAGAUUGCCGCCCUGCUGGUGAGACAGGAGAUGAGCACCACCGUCUACUGCCACGGAGGAGGCUCCUGCAAGAUCUCCAUCAAUUCACACACCACAGCUGGAGAGGUUGUGGAGAAGCUGAUCAGAGGUUUGGCCAUGGAGGAAAGCAAGAACCUGUUCUCUCUGUUUGAACACAACUCCUUCACAGACCGAGCUUUGGAAAGCAGAGUGAUUGUUGCAGAUGUACUGGCCAAGUUUGAAAGACUGGCAGGCAGUGAAGAAGAGGAGGAAGAAGGAGAAUGGAAACUCUAUUUCAAGCUCUACUGCUUCUUGGAUGUGGAGAGCAUGCCGAAAGAAGGAGUGGAGUUUGCUUUCAUGUUUGAGCAGGCCCACGAGUCUUUGAUAAGUGGACACUUCCCAGCCUCAGAGGAGACUUUGCAGCAUCUGGCCGCGUUACGUCUCCAGUAUCUCCACGGUGACGGGGCAGGUCGGGCUGGAUGGAGCCUGGGAAGUGUUUAUCCAAUCGGACGUCUCCGCAAUCGCAUCCUACACUCCACCAAGCCGGGCGUGGGGGCGGCAGGUGGAGUGGGAGGAGGUGGACCAGGAGGAGCAGGAGAUGGGAAGGGUACAAUAGGAGGCCCGGGCGGCGUCGGCAUAGGGGCAGAGAAACGAAAGACCCCGAGCUUCCUGGAUGGCACCCUGAGGAGAAGCUUCAAGACUGGUUCACUGAAGAAGCAGAAGGUGGAGGAGGAGCAGAUGCUGGAGAUGUGGGUGAAGGAGGAGACGUCUGCCACACGGACCAGUGUUUUGGAGAAGUGGACUCGGCUGCAGGGCAUGCCCCAGCACCAGGCCAUGCUUAAAUAUAUGAGCAUCAUUAAGGAGUGGCCUGGAUACGGAUCUACUCUGUUUGAUGUGGAGUGUAAAGAGGGUGGUUUCCCUCAUGAUCUGUGGCUGAGUGUAAGUGCUGACAACGUGUCUGUGUAUAAACGAGGUGAACCCAAACCGCUGGAGACCUUCCAGUAUGAACACAUCACUUUCUUCGGAGCGUCACAGCUCUGCACCUACAAGAUCAUCGUGGACGAGAGAGAGAUGUUCUUCGAGACUCCACUGGUUGGGGAGAUCACCAAGAUCAUGAGGGCCUACAUUAACAUGAUGGUGAAGAAACGUUGCAGCAUCAUGUCCGUGACCAGCGUCACCAGUUCCUGGGUCAGGUGAUCACCACCAGCCAGUCAGAGCCCUUGGUUCUUCCAGCGGCAACAGAUGCCUCAGCCUCCCUCCCUCCUCCCCUCUGCAUUGGUUGGUUGGUUUUGAUGGAGGCAGUCGCACCAACCAGCUAAUCCUCUAGGUUGAAUCAAGAGUGGAGGGUGAGCAUCUAUAGAGUGUGGAUAAAGAAAGAUAGAAGUGGACACAGAAGCCAAAUGCACACUCUGCUGGCCUGGGUUUCACUUGGGAUAGGGAUCAAUAUCUUUUGGGAAUCAAGUCUAUUUAAAAACGAGCAUGACAAAGAAGCAACCUGUAUUUUUGGGACAGUCCUUUCAAACACAUAAUCCCAGUUGUAGAACUGCAUGUAGAUGUUCAAGCACACUCCAAACUUCUCUCCGUUUUUCCUUUCUGGACCAAACUCAGUAAUAACAAGCACAACCUACCACUCACUGAGCCACCCAAGUCCCAGUUUGUCCCAGGUGGCUCCCUUUCCCCCUCCCCCCAGUGCACUGCCAGACAGAAGAAAGCCACACGUUCUCAGUUAUAUUUGUUUUUGGCUCUUUCUUUCUCUCUCUAUCACUCCUCCAAUGUCAGAGUCUCUCUCUUUCUCUUCACAUGCAUUCGUCCUCACUCCUGUUGCAUCUUGUUUGCUGUUUGGUAUUAAGUUAUUACGCUGAAUUCUUGUUAUUGCUUGCUUUCUCUCUGUUGUUCUCACGCCGUCUUUUAUCUGUGACAUCAGCUAUAUUACAUCCGUUGUGACUGAGAAAAAGGACUCAAUGAUGAUUCUUCUUCAGGGGCUGCUUAAUGGGAAAAUCAGCUCUCAGCCCACCAAACGACAUAGUGUUCACUCGAUCGCUCAUCAGUGCCACCGUGUGGCCAUACAAGAAGAAAAAUACAGCCAAAGGAAGUGGCUUUAAAUAUUUCUGAACAAUAUCAUAUAGAUUUUCUUGAGAGGAAGAAGUCGAGGUUUCGCUUUGGAGGCUCUCCGGUCAUGUUUAACUUGACAUGGUUUCCCUAUCUACGUAUUAUAGAAAACACGCACUGCAUAAUUCUACUGUAUAUUCACACACGUGUACACAUAAACUGAACCGACAUGUAUCGUUUUGUACUGUAUAUCACACAUUAUAAGAGUUAUUAUUGAAUAUCGGUGGCCACUGCACUGUACAGUAUAUAGAUGCCAUAACUAAAUACAAUGUGACACCUCUCGUGUAAAAUACAUGCAAGUGAAUGGUGUUAAUGACCACUGUAUGUCUGAAUAUGAUGCCAACAUUGUUCACUGGCUGUGCCAUUAAUGUGACUCAAAGAGGAAUAAGAGUUAGUAAAACGCAGACCAUAAUGAGACUCUUCACAGUGUUUUGGUCGAUUUAUCAUUGUUGUUAUCUGUGGGACUCACUCUACUGCGUUAAUCGGAGCCAUAAAAUAAUGUAUAUCCUUGUCUGCUCAUGCUAUUCUCACUUUUUUUUCUUUGCUAAGAAGAUCAGUGACUUAAACAAUGAUGCAUAAGCGCUCCAGUCUGUCUGUGUUUCCAACCUGUUUAUGAACAUGUGACUUUUAUUACCGAUAUUAUUACUGUAUGCCCCCUGUUAUCUUAACCACCCUGAAGUGCUGUGUCUGGAAUGCUGCUGCCGCGUGUGUGUGAGUGUAUUAAUGGUGUAAUCCAAAUAGUUGGAAAAAAGGAAGAAAAAAGGGAAUGAGAAAUGAGAAAAGAGAAAUAAUUUUACUGAGUGUAUUCCUUGGAAAUAUUUACAUGACUAACCUUUGCAAAGAAUGGUGUUGUGAUCGUGAGUUAAAGGGAAGAGCAUGGAACUGGAGGGAGGGAGGGUCGAGGGUUAUUUAUUUAUUAAUGUACUGUAUGUAUUGCCAGGUGUGUUUCGGAGGGAUGGAUAGUGUAUUUAAAGAUAUAAUGGAAUUUUUAAGUCUCAGUGUUAAGACGAGCAGAUAAGACACUGUGAGGAUACGGGCUCGGAAAUGGUCUAAUAUGGGAUUUUGCUGACAGUCAUCACUGGUUUGUGCGUGUGUGAGUGUGUGUGUGUGUGUGUUUUGGACUGAAAGUAAAGUCACUGUUCUGUCAACAUCACCUGACGCUGAGGCACUGCAGGUAGAUGGCAGCAUCCCUGAUGUACAACAGCUCUAAAGGACAAAACCACUUUGUAAACAAAGUGUUUUCCCACAUCGGAUAUCCAGGGGGAAUACUUAGGUAACACAGAGAAAUACAGUCCAAUUAAUUUUCUAAUUUGGCUAAGCUAAAAGGUCUAGUUUCUGUGUCAAUGAUCAUUUUAAUAUUUAUCUUUUCAUGCCAGACAUUUAAGUGAGGUUGAACUUCUUAAGGGGAAAAAGUCUGUCGUCUAUCUGGAGUGCCGUAGCCAGGAUUUUAGAAAUACUGAGGUCAUGAGUCCAAGAUGGUCAACCCCCAAUCCUGCAGAAAAUUAGCCAGAUCAAUUACAUUGAUUUAAUUCCUCAACAUGUUUUAAAUGCAGUUUCUCCAAACUUCGGUGAUUAAAGUUUGGAUGGGGAAAUACCGAAUCAAUUAUUUAUUCAGCCUCAAGUAUUAAAAUUUAAACAUAUUGAGUCUAACGAUACUGGAAUCAGCCUAUUGAAGUAUUUUCUCGUUUAAUCAAUCAGUUGUUUUGUCUAUAAAACGUCAGAAAAUGGUGAAAAACUCUUUCCUAAAGCCCAAGUUGUCUUCCUUAAAUAUCUUCUUCUGUCCAGACCAACACAAGAUAUUCAGUUAACUAUCACAGAGGACUAAAGAAACCAGGAAAUAUUCACAUUUAAG